AUGAAGCCUACAUCGCAGAGUGAAGAUGCGUCGUCUAUGCAGUCAAGUGCGCGCGCACGCUGGCUAGACACCUUUCGAGAGCUCGACGCCCAGCUCCCCAGCAAUCAGCACGUCGACGUUGAUAUCGACCAAACACGUGCUCGCAUCGAUGCAGAAGUCAUUGGCAUACGUGCACUGCUCAGUGCUAUGAACGAGAGACGCAAUCAAUUCGCCCUUCCGUCCAAACUCCCUCCGGAAGUUCUGGCUCACAUCUUCCUCACUCUUUGUUUGGACGUGGACCCCGUCACCUCUCAGUCUUCGUCUAACCCUAGGAACCCGGUAUGGCUGCCCGUUGCGCAUGUCUGUCGUCGUUGGCGCCACAUUUGCAUCGACCGCGCACCCUCGUGGAUGGCGCUGUCUUUGAACUGGGGGCCGCUCUGGGACGACAUCGUGGAGCAGGAAAGGGGGCGUCAACUAUGGAUCGAAGGUUAUGCUGGUAGGGGCGUGUACACGAAAGACCGCAUUGACGCUAUCCUCGGGCAGCAACACCGUCUCAGGAGCCUUGCCCUCCGCGACGUACCAGGGGAUCAUCUCCAACGACUAUUGCUUGGAUUUAUGGAUCCGGGCAUACCUCUGGACAGAUUGUCCCUGCGUACUUCUCCUGAAUCAGAUGGCGAGAUGCCCAACCUUCAUCCACAACUCCUUUCCAACGCGGUUAAUCUACGCUCCAUGGAUCUCACCCAUGUCGCGAUUCCUCGGGGCGCCGCCGCGAGCUCUUUCAGCAACUUGGCACAUUUUACUAUCAGAUUUCCCCGUGCAGAAUCGAGCCAGCUUGUGCCAAACAAGCACAGCUUCGCCGAGAUGACAUCUAUACUGCGCGUGAUGCCAGUUUUGGAGACACUGACGGUGGUCAAUGCACUCGAACACUAUACUCCCGACUCUCAAAUACCCGACAUUCAACUUCCUCAUCUCGUGUAUCUGGAGAUCAGGACCGAAGAUAUAUCAUGUUGGCAUCUAUGGUUGCAUCUUCAUGUACCGCCGACCGCGACUAUUGUUGUCGACGGCAACAACCUCGUGGAGCCGGCCUUAGAGCCACUCAUCAUAUCCAAACUCUGCGCGCACAUUAACGAACCCCGCGCCCCACGAUUCCCGAUCUGUUUUGUGCAGAAUGGAAAUGCUGGAUACUUAGGGUUCGAGUUGACCGAGGAGGCGCUGAGCGGUGAUGCCGACGGGGAAGGAAGUGACAUCGGUACUGGGACGGUUCGACGUAAGGAGCCGUCCCGCAUCACCAUGCAACUCUUCUGCUAUGACGCCGGGCGUAUACUGCAACAGAUCGUUCACGAUGCGUCCCUCGACACUGUUGAGCACCUGGGCAUAUCUGGCGAUAACUGGGACGACGACAUGUUCUACGACGCUUUCAUAUCUUUGCAAUCCGUCACUACCCUUCACCUCGAUGUUCGGGAUAGUGCUGGCGAAUGUCUGCAAGCUCUCGCGCCCGCCCAUGCUCGACGUGGACGUACACGUGCUCCUGAGGGUGAAGCGACACUUUUCCCCGCCCUGGCCCGACUAAGAUGCACAUCCGUCCACUUCGACGAUCCCAGGUCUAGGAGUAUAGUCAACCAGUAUGCGCUAGAGACGGUCAUCGAGGAUCGUGCAAAGGAUCCUUGUACAGCACUUGCUCAGUUGGAUAUCAUGGGCUGCGAUGUGCGUUUCGAUUGGGUGGAACGUUGGAGGUCCUUCGUAGGCGUGUUGAAUUGGGAUUUCUACGAAGGAUCCUUGGAGGAAAGUGACGAGGAGGAGUAG